AUGGCGGACCCAAUCUCCAUUCUCGGUACAGCUGGUGCCGUCGCAAACAUCAUUGACGUACUUGGGAAGUCCAUCCGUACAAUUGCAGAGCUUCGAAACCAGUGGCAAGACGCGGACCUUACUGUUGUUGUGCUCGAGAGUCAGCUGGCUGCACUCAAUGCUGCACUCGGCAAGAUCAACGACUGGGCCGAGUCGAGUUUUGACAGCCCUCACCAUCAACUAGCUAUGGAUCUGGAUCGCUGUGUGGCAUGUUGUCGUUUCCUGAUACAUAAGAUUGACGUGGAGAUAUCUCGGUUGACGAUGGACGCCAAUGACCGCCUCGAUAUUGGAAGCAAGUUCCCAAACAGCGGCAUUGACUCUUCUCCUGACCGCUUGCAAUACAAGAGGUAUCUUGAGGAGCCGCAGACGCGCAAAGCUUUCAAGAAGAUGGAAGAUGACACUGCUUCGCUGGUGGUGCAUCGUGAUGUCGACUCUUUGAUGACAUCGAACACCGCCAUGUCAAUAAGCUCAUCCAAGCGAUCCAUCAUAUUCGAAUUUGACUCGGAGCUUUUUAUCUCAAAAAUCUACCAGAGAUGGAUCAGAGGCUCUGUCAAAAAGAGUCUUCAAGUCCAGCAGGGCGAUACUGCCAGCAAUGACGUCGCCACUAACCUACGCGAAAAUACCUCUUCAUGGCGACCCCUCCCAAUCUCCACGCCGAGGAUAGUCAAUUCAUCCACCGAAGAACUUAAGCAAUCACGAUUGAUCGACCGUUAUCUCAAAGAGGAUAUGAAACGACUAAGAGGUGAAUACGAAAUCCUCCUGGCCGGAGACGCAUCGAGACACGAAGUUGCAAAGCAGAUGGAGAUAGCUCUCGGGAAACAGUAUUCUACUGAAGAGCUACAUGAUUGCCGGCCAAUGGUGUUGAAGAGCGCUUUCACUUUGGCGAAGUCGACUCUGGCUACCAUGCGAAAAUUCGGCGUCUCGGAAUCUGAUGACAUCUGGCAAGCUGUCAAGUUUAUCGAGGACUACACUCUUGACCCAGUUUGUCCCGAAUUGGACCCUGGAACCAGCAGCAUAGUAUGUCCCUUUGUCCCCUACAUGACGAACACUGCUUACGACCACAGCUUUUUCGAUGAAAUAGACCGAAUCGCAUCUCCGGACUACGUGCCAAAUGAAAUGGACGUCCUUCAGUCGAGGGCAAGAACAACUGGCGUCAACGAGACCCGACUUCAGAUGGGAGAGCUCAGAAUCUCCAUGUUCGAUAUCGGCGAGCAGAGGAGCCACAGGAAUAAAUGGCUCCACUACGUUGAUUCAGUAUCCGCGAUGAUUUUCGUCGUGGACUUGGAUACAUAUGAUCAAGUCUCGCUAGAGGAGAGCUCGCAAACCAGAAUGAUGGAAUCCCUCCUGCUAUUCGAAUCAGCCGUCAACUCCAUAUGGUUCAGGGGGGCUGGGAUCAUCCUAUUUCUUAACAAAGUCGACAUUCUCCGACAGAAGCUUGACCGGUCUCCUCUUGAGAAUUACUUCCCGGAUUACAGCGGCGGGGACGACCUGGGCGAGGCGGCAAUGAGGGUGCUGGGUGCAGGGUUCAUGAGCUCAGGUCAGCCGGGCCUCCAACUCACCGAGCUUGGUAACACAGCAUUCUAG